GCACCCACCCUGCGCUUAUUGUUUUGGUUGAUGAGUAAUCUUUGAGAAUCUCUAAGAAACUUCGUCAUUCCUUCGCAAUUGGAUCUAGUAGUUAGAAAACAUCCUUGAAAAUGGACUGGCUAUUCGGCAAGAAGAUCAGCCCCGAUGAGAUGCUGCGCAAGAACCAGCGGGCGCUGAACAAGGCGAUGCGGGACUUGGACCGCGAGCGGAUGAAGAUGGAGCAGCAGGAGAAGAAGAUCAUCGCGGACAUCAAGAAGAUGGCCAAGGAGGGCCAGAUGGACGCGGUGAAGAUCAUGGCCAAGGAUCUGGUGCGCACACGGCGCUACGCCAAGAAGUUCAUGCUGAUGAAGGCUAACAUCCAGGCGGUGUCCCUCAAAAUCCAGACGCUCAAGUCACAGAACACAAUGGCGCAGGCCAUGAAGGGUGUCACCAAGGCCAUGCAGAACAUGAACCGCCAGCUGAAUCUCCCGCAAAUCCAGAAGAUCCUGCAGGACUUCGAGAAGCAGUCGGAAAUGAUGGACAUGAAGGAGGAGAUGAUCAACGACGCCAUCGACGACGCCAUGGAGGAUGAGGGCGAUGAGGAGGAGACAGAUGCCGUGGUCUCACAAGUUCUAGACGAACUGGGCCUGCAGCUGGGCGAACAGCUGGGAGAUCUUCCCUCCGCCUCGGGUUCCCUGUCCAUAGCAGGCGGUGUUGGUGCCCAGAAGGGACCACAGGCUGUGGCCGCCGGCGGAGUGGGUGGCGGAGGAGCCGCUGGAGGUGGUGGCGGAGCAGGAGGAGGCGGAGCAGGGGCAUCUGGAGCUUCCGGCGGCAGUGGCGCCUCAUCGCCCAUGUCCGAUGCCGAUGCGGAUCUGCAGGCGCGCCUGGACAAGCUGCGCAAGGACUGAGCUACUCCCAAGGACCACUGCCUGCCCGUUUUAUAUAAGAGCCACCUACUCCACACCCGUUUGUAUAUCCCAGAAAGCGAAUGUUUGUGAUUUUGCUUCCCUGCGUGUUUGAAAAAUCGAUGAGUAAUUACCAUUUACGAGCUAUCAAUGGGAAAUACUAGGUAGUUACAUAAAAUUCGCAAUACUUGUUACUUUAGAGCUAUGCAAAAUUCGAUAUUUUAAAAGUUGUAUACAUUUCAUGCCUGUCUUUAAUAAAAUUAAGCAAGAGGAAUUGAGAAA